CCGAUGUAUCAUGGGAAAUGGCGCAUGAGGUGGCAGUUUUUCAAACCAACAACUUCAAACGAUCGCCAGGAUCAGAGUGAGCAUCGUUUCUCCCGAUCGUUUCUGAUGCUGCGCGCCUGUUGCUGUUGGCCAGCGAGCGACCAUUCUCGAUACUUCCCGGUCCUGGCAACAACCAUCAGGUCGGUGGCGGCAUCGUAAACAACAACUACGUCACUCCUACCGGGCUGGGUGUCACACUACCACUCCGUUCCUUGCACACAUUCCGUCACAGAAACUGGAAAGCCGUGUUUCGAUGAUCAAGCAGGAAUCCGGUUUGGAAGAUUGGCCAGCAGCAGCAGCAGCAGCAGCAGAAUGGUGACGAGGAUGGGUUCGGGCAUUAGAAUAUUUUUGAAUGCUUAAUAACAGACGGAACUGCCCGGGCGUGCAUCAGUCGUGUGUCGCCUACCCGAGUGGAGUGUGCAGGCAGAGAGCUUAAUCUGGAGAUAGAACCAGCCCCGAAAGAAGCACGAUCGAGUACGAGUGAUACCAGUGUGAAUAGUGUACGGCGAUCAGUGAGAUAAGAUAAAAUAAAAAGUGUACCCAGUAUCUGUGUAAUUAUCGUGAUCUAAGCCAACAUGCCGGAAUAUCAGUAUCUGUCCGGAUUUGGGUCACACUUCAGCUCGGAAGAUGCCCGCUUCCCGAACGCCCUGCCGGUGGGACAGAAUUCACCGCAAAAGUGUCCCCACGGGCUGUACGCGGAGCAGCUUUCCGGCAGUGCGUUUACCGCACCGCGCACGGAAAAUACCCGCUCGUGGCUGUACCGCAUCCGGCCCUCGGUCGUACAUCAACCGUUCAAGCGGUUCGAGGGUGCGGCACCGUUCCUGCGCGGAACUGGCUGGGAAGAGCAGCACCCCAAUCCGAACCAGAUGCGCUGGAACCCGUUCGAUCUGCCGGCGGCCGGAAGCGAGGUGGACUUUGUGGCGGGACUGCAUACCGUGUGUGGGGCGGGCGAUGUCCGCGCCCGCAAUGGGCUGGCCGUGCAUGUGUACCUUGCCAACUGUUCGAUGAAGGAUACGGCGUUCUACAAUAGCGAUGGCGAUAUGCUUAUAGUUCCCCAACAGGGUCCACUGGACAUAACGACCGAGUUUGGCCGACUGUACGUAAAGCCAAACGAGAUCUGCGUCAUUCCGCAAGGCAUCCGGUUCAGCGUAGCGCUGGAAGGACCGUCCCGUGGCUACAUUCUCGAGGUGUACGAUGGUCACUUCCGGCUGCCCGAUCUGGGCCCGAUCGGUGCCAAUGGGUUGGCCAAUCCGCGUGACUUCCUAACACCCACGGCCCAUUUCGAGGAUCGUUCGGUCGAGGGGUAUCGCAUCGUGUCCAAGUUCCAGGGCGCACUGUUUGUCGCCACUCAGGGCCAUUCACCGUUUGAUGUGGUCGCCUGGCACGGUAACUACGUGCCGUACAAGUACGAUCUCGCCCGCUUCAUGGUGAUCAACUCGGUCAGCUUCGAUCAUUGCGAUCCAAGCAUCUUCACCGUGCUGACCUGCCCCAGCAACCGGCCCGGCACGGCGAUCGCCGAUUUCGUCAUCUUUCCACCGAGAUGGUCGGUCCAGGAGCAUACCUUCCGUCCGCCGUACUAUCAUCGUAACUGCAUGAGUGAAUUUAUGGGCCUGAUUUUCGGCCGGUACGAGGCGAAGGAGGGUGGCUUCAUGCCCGGCGGUGCCUCGCUACACUCGAUGAUGACACCGCACGGGCCCGACCAUCGGUGCUUCGAGGGUGCGUCCAAUGCGGACCUGAAGCCGGAACGCGUUGCCGAUGGGACGCAAGCAUUCAUGUUCGAAUCAUCGCUGAGCAUGGCGGUAACGCGCUGGGGCGAGGAAACCUGCCAAAAGCUGGACGCCCGCUACUACGAAUGCUGGCAAGCGCUGGAAAAGCAUUUCCAUCUGUAAUUUGGCUUCGGAAAACCGACGACAUUGAAACCGAUUUUUGAACGUGUACCAGCUGAACUAAAACAACCAUUUUUUACCAUGUUUGACUUGCAGGUUACCAGGUGUUAUUGAGCAGUAGUACACUUCUUUCAUUUCUUUUUCAUUACUUUCCCUUUUCUUUAUUCGUCUUUUUUCACCUUGUAUCGCUUGUGUAUCGUUGAUUUUUCUUGUGCUAUUCCUUAGUUUCGGUUUCUGCUGUUGUUUUGGUUUUACUGGAUUUGUUUUGUUUGUUGGUUUCUUUUGUUUUGAUAAUUACGGAUAUUUAUAUAUUUUUUAAAGAAGCAAAUUUGUUAAAAUGAUGCACCGGGCGGUUUUUCCUCUCCUUCUUUAUGUUUUUUUGUUUUUUCUUCCUUUGUUUUUGUUUCCGUGCUUAAGUGCGUCACGCAAUUCCUCAAACAAUGAAAUUUGUUUGAAAUUUUCAUAGAUUUUUUGUUUUGUUUUUGUUUUUACUUACGUUUAUUGUGCUCUUGUUUUUUUGUUUUCGGUGCAAAUCUUCACCCCUCUUGUUUUACACCAUUGUUUGCUGAUGCUUCUCGGAUUUUUUCUGCUUUAAAUUAAGUUCUGCAAUUCGAUAGAUACACGAUCGUUAUCACCGGUGUUUUUGUGUGUGUGUGUGCUGUAAUUAUGUUACCUUCUUUUUUUUGUUAUCGUUUCGUAUCGCUUGAAAAGUACUGUUUAUGCACUUUAACCCUUUCCAUUUUUUUCUUUUGUUUUGUUUUCUUAUUCUUUCCUUAGCCUGUUUUUUUUCUUUUUCUUCAUUUUCUUGGCUUAGUUACCUUUUAGUUUCACACUCAUAGGAAACAAUAGCGCUCGUGGGACGACUAAAGCGUUCUUAUUUCGUCUGAUUUAAGCGUUGUAAGAAUUGUCCUUUCGAAGCACAUACUGUUUUUCUCUCGUUCUCCCUUAUGUACACCUGCACAAUUCACACAGCUUCUGUGCAAGUAUGUGUGUGUGUAUGUUUGUGUUAGUAGCUCUCGGUCGGGGUAUAUAGUAUAGAGGCACAGAUAAAUCCAUGUUGAGUUAUUUGUUGUUAAAAAUGAAUUCCAAUGUAGCCACCCAGCUCCCAACAUUUCCGUAGAACUUUCAACAACAUUUUAGCACAACCGAAACCGUAUAUUUGUCGGAAGGAGAACAAUAAGAAGAAGAAGUAGAAGAAGAGGAAAAAUAAAACAAAGCAAAUAGUUUGGAUUAUCGUUUUUUUUACACGAAUUGUUAAGAUGAAUUAGACAAACACUUUGCCAUUUUGCAAAAUUAUGUCGUUUGUUCUCUUUUCUUGUUCGGGUUCUGUUGGUUUUCUCUUUAUAUUGCUGUUUUGUUGUAAACAGUUGUGUAUUGUUGGAAAAUUUUGUAUGUGUUUUUUGCCGAUCGUGUUUCAGUUUUAUGAAGUUUUGCUAAGUUUUGCUACUUUUUAUAUAUUUGUAUGCUCUCUUCACUGCUCCUGUCCUGUUUGGCGCAGUGUUUUUUUUUGUUUUGCGUGCGGGUUGCGUGCAGUGGUAGGUAUUUUUUAGAGUCUUUACGUCAUUUUUUAUCUUACUUUCUCUCUUUUCCAAUCCCUAUGUUUUCUCUCUCUCUCUAUAUCUAGCUACUAUCGGGUUAAUAUAGUUAGUUAUGGAACUAUGUGACUUUUCAAGUAUCGAUCAUACAAAAAUAAACUGUAUUUUCUGGUA